CUGGGAAGGACGCGUUGAGGUUGGGAACCCAUCAAGGACAGUAACUACCAUGGCUUCCAGUGCUUUGGCCAAACCUCAGAUGCGUGGCCUCUUGGCCAGGCGCCUGCGGAUUCAUAUUGUUGGAGCAUUUGUUGUAUCCCUGGGGGUUGCAGUUUUCUAUAAGUUUGCUGUGGCUGAACCAAGAAAGAAGGCAUAUGCAGAUUUCUACAGAAAUUAUGAUUCUAUGAAAGAUUUUGAGGAGAUGAAGAAGGCUGGUGUCUUUCAGAGCAUCAAAUAA